AUGGAUACGCUAUUUAUUGUCAUGGAUGGAGCUAUUGUUUCCUCUACAGCUUCAACGCCGACUUCUGAUUCAUUUUCUUGUACCGAUAAAACAAUAUCCGCACCUGCAUGUUUUGGAGAGUUAGGAAUGGUACGUCACAACGAGUGCUGGACUCAGACACUUAAGGCUCAGUCAACACGAGCAGUCAAGUUAUUGGCAUUGCCCAAGCUAACGCUCGAAACACUAUUGCAUCGAUUUUUUACGACCAGAAAAGCUUCUUCUUCUUCUUUAAUCACGGUAAAUGUGCAACCAAGAAGACCAUCGUCAUCGUCUGCAGGAUUCGCUAGACGUUCUAUAAAGUCGAAGAGGCAAUCAAUUAUUGCACGUCGGCCAUUGACAGCUGUGCCAGUUGCUGCGGCAAAAGUCAACAUUGAGCGAUGGCAUAAGGUUCGCGAUGAAACACUUUGCGAUUAUCGAGCGGGUCUUGAGGCUGAACAGCGAGCGGCUGCACUUGAAGCGAGUCAAAGGGCGAUGACUGAUUUAUACUCAGCCUCUAUUGAAGGUAACAAUACAGGUCUGCGAGACUCGACAACUUCACCACAAGAGAGUCCACAUGAUGAUUGUGAUAUUGCGUAUCCCAAAGCACUUUCAGAUGAAAGCACUCAAUUGGACACGAUGUUAACUUCUCGAGAUAUUAUCAAUUUUUCUGGUUUGAAUAAAAAAGAUAGCGCUUGUUUGCAGAGCGAUCUAGACAAAGAGCCCAUCACUGAUCUUCCAAAUCAACUGCGAGAUUAUUAUCGGGCGCUUAAUAAGCGACGUUCGACCUUGAAGAUGCAACAGGCUGCUAGUGCACCUCCUGACUCGAUAAAUCAGCCGAUUCCUUCAUCACAAACGACAAGAAUGCAAAUUCCGAUAGGUAAGGCCACUAGUCGCACCGCCUCGAUAUUAGCCGGAUGGGCUGAAAAAGAGAGAUCUGCCGGUCGGAACGCUGCCACUAAAGACGAAUCCAGUGAUGCAAGUAAAGCUGAUACGCUCGAGUGUCGUUCAAUUUCAAAUGAUUUAUUGUCGGUAGAGAAAAGUCAUUCUUCUGCAGUCACAAGUUCAAAAUUCGGUACGCAAUCGAAAAGUUCCGACUUGAGCCAAAAAAGCGAUGUAAUAUGCUUAAUAGGUGAACUGGACCCCGUCGUCCUAGAGGUAGCAAAUGUCGACAAGACUACGCCAUCCUUUGACCAGGCGGGGAGUGAUGUCGCUCACUUAUCGCUUGAUUGCAAGUCGACGUUGACCAAGCAAAAAACUUUGACGACAGCGGCACGGAACAGAAAGAUGUCUGACGAAAACAUCACGAGAAAGAAUCCAACCAAAAAGCAAACUUCACAUAGUAUAGCUCUGCUGAGUAGUCAACCUCAGUCCGGCAGCCACGACGUGUUAAAAACGUCUUUGCAUGUGAUGGAUCAAUAUCACAAUCAUGCAUCAGAUCCACAUCCUGUCAGUCUUCAGCAACGCAUGGAUCACGUUUUAAAUGAGCUGCGGUUUUCAUCUGGUCUUAAACUAGAAAUUGGGCUUAAAUACUCCCACGCCGACCACUAUGAUCGUUUUCCAGUGGCCGUACAGCUUUGGGAACGAGUUUACCAAACUGUUGUGGAGCGAGAAAGUGUUAUGACGACACUAUGGGACUUUGAGAUAUUGGCAAGUGACCCUCGUCGUCAUUUUCGUUCACUUUCUACCCGUCGAUUGCAAGAGGAGAAAGAGCGAGAUGCACUGAUGUCAAAGUUAGAUCAAAUUUCAGCCUCCUGUUUGAAAGCAAUGGACGAGCUCUGGCAAAAUUGUGGGGAUAACGUUUAUCUUGGUGAUCGCUCUUAUCGUGAAAAAAUGAAAGCAGAUUAUACGGAGCUGCUGUACCAAGUGGAACAGGAGAGACUUCAUUUAAUAUACAAUGAAGUGCAACCUCGUAUCGUACCAGAUUCUCAAAGUAAAUUUCUACGAAAAAACAUUGCAGAGGCUUCAACGUGUUUAGAAUUGAGACAACCACCUAUAAAUGUGUCGGCAGUGACUCCUUGUCGUCCAAGUAGUAGAAAGGAUCUCAAUUCUCCCAAUCAAAAUCGAGUGAAGUAUGAGAACAUGACGACUUCAAUACCUGCUGACUCCAAAGAUGGACGGAAGAUCUCGAGCAUUGUUGUUGACGGAGCUGAUGCCGAUCCAACCCGAACUCGAUUUAGACUAGCUACUCCUCGUGAAUCUCUUUUUAUUCCUGUUGGCUUUCAUGGCGAUUCGUCGACACCAGGAGAUGAGCAGCACAGGAGAAAAAGAGGAUCGCAAGUCACAGUUCAAAUUCAGCAGCAACGCCAAAUUGAGCUACUCGCAUUUACCAGACAGUUUAAGCAGCAAUCGAAUGAAUGCUCCAAUCUCGAAGAAGCAAUGACUGGAUCUCAACUCAUUCGGCAACCAGAGGCGACGGCAAUUACAACAAAAAAAUGCAAGGAUAUCGUCGCUCGAAGCCAAUUACACGCAAACCGAUCCUCACUGAAAAAACUGGUCCAGCAGAUUGUGACUCGUUCCAAAAAAUAA